AUCUGUUGACGCGUAGCUGAAGCAUUCGAUAAAUUUCUUAGGUUGGUAGUCAUGUUUAGUCUGUACGUGCAUGGUGAACUUUAUUUAGCACAAAACUAAAAAAAAACUAUUUCAGUUAGGGGUCUAUGGAAGCAGUCCGGCAUUCCUAUUGGCUAAAAUUAGUCAAUUGAAUGAGCGCGGCUUUUGUCACAUCCUGUUCUGUAGUAUUGUUGGUCGAGUGAGUGCUGCAUGGCCUCGACUCGACGUAGCGUAGAUCCCGUUCCAAGAUUUGUCUAUAAGACUAUAAUUCGUGUGCAAUAUUAACCGCGUUAUAAUUCGUAAUGGUGUUCUCUAAAAGGCCAUGGAUUUGAUGAAAACGGAAUAUGAGUUCCUAGACUUGUCAGAUGUGAAAGAAGCGGAACUAAGCAGUUUGCAGUGUGCACUUUACCAGCGGAAGACGGAGGCUUCGAGCUACGGUUGGACCGAGCCUGCUAUUGAUCUGUCCUCGUGUUCCUCGUCGACCUUGGGCCCGCGCACCGUGUCUAGCAGCCUGGACAGCCUGUCGGGCGGCGAGUGCGAGAUGGCGCCCCACUCGCCGCAGCGCGCGCCGCCGCCGCCGCCCUACGCGCAGCCCCCGCCCGCCUACCCGCAGCAGUGGCCCGUGGCGCCGCCCAACGUCUACGUCAGCCAGGUCACCGCCAACGUGAACGUGCACGGCUACAUGGGGCAAUACUACCAGCCUCCCCAGCCGCAAUACGCGCCGCCGCCACAAGUGGACCGCCCGCCGCGCAACCAUCGCCGCGACCGCCGCGGCAAGCGCCCUCCUUCCCCACCACCUCCCCAGCCACCCCCCUACUACGUCCAGUACCCACAGUACUACCCCGCUGCACAGGCCCAGGCUGGAGCCCCCCUCUACCACCUACCCGUAUAUCAACCUCUAAUGUACGGACCUUAUGCGUACCCGCCUUACUACCAAGAAUAUCAGAUCCCCGUCGAAGGCGAAGACAAGCCUGAUGAAUACCAACAAGAGGUUGUGAUGGAGCAGGAAGCUGUAGAUGCUUACUACGCUGGCGCUCAUUACGCUCCUCCAUACGGCCCGCCCGUAGACGGUGGCGUAGAAUACAUGCCACCUAUGUAUCUCCCACCACCUCCACAUCCACCACCUAUACCUAUACAGCCUCAACCACCACAUCAGUCGACUCCGCACCAGUUUAACGUGCACGCUAAAAACUUCGUAGUCCAAUCGCACAAUCAGAAUAAAUCGUACACUCCGCCAGAAAAAAGUCAAGAACAGAAGACGCCGCCGGUGACCGUCUCUGCUGUGGAAUCGUUGCCUAUUAAAGAUCUGACCAUCAGCAAGGGCCCGGGCAGCCCGAAGCAGACAGAACGACCGAUAGAACAAAAACCUGCCAGUGACAAAACUUCACCUACCCCUAAAGUAGAAACCGUCAAGCCAGCUUGGGUAGCGAAUGAAAAGGCACCUGAAGUUAAUCAGAUACCUGCUAAGGCGUUCCCGCCGAUGGCGUCUGCGAGUCAAGUUCCCGCUGCGAAUAAGAUGCCUCCAGUGGUAAAUAAAACUACGAAAGGCCCAGCAGCCCCAUUCUCAGGAGGCAAGCAACCGGCUAAGCCCCUGGUUCCUCAAGCAGCCGUGCCUGUACAACAGGCAGUAUCUACCCCAAAGGCGCCGUUUGGCAAUAGACAGAAGAGGGAUAACGUGGCUAACAGGUCACCGACGAGUGAAACUACCGAAGUCCCAAGCCCCGCCGCGCCGGUCGAGCAUCCUAAACGCGAUCCGCCGCUGCCGCCAAGCAAGGCGCCUAUGCCUAUCUCGAUCACGCUACAUUCGCAAGGGCCACCGCUGAUCGUAACUAACAAAUCACCUUUCGGACACUCUAGGAAGUCGACAGCCGCGCCUGAACCACCUCCAGUGCCUCAGCCGCCUCCCCCAGCACCUACUGCGUCAGAUUUCCCCCCACCACCCACUCCUAGAAACCGUGGAGACUUGCCGCCGCCUGUGGUGCAGCCUCAACCGCAACCGGCUCCAGGGAAAUCCUGGGCAAGUCUAUUCUCAAGCAAGACUGCAGCGGUCACAGUGACAGCUUUGCCGCCCGCUCCUCUACCAGUUGAAGAGCCCCCAAGCCCGACCACAGUAUCGCCACCAGCGACGGCUAGCAUUCAAAAACCAGUAGCGAAAGUGGGCCCUUUUGACGCGUCUCCAUCUCAAAUAACGGCUCCAGAUAAAAGCUCCCCUAUGCCCCGGCCGGCCGCCGCACCUACCGCCAUCUCUUACUCCGAGAAGACCUCUGUGAACGCCAUUAGUAUAACCCCUGCUGCUAAACCGGCAUCUCCCAGCCAACCUGUACCCGAGGUCCGGGAGGUUCCUAUUCAGAAGGAGCCUACGCCAGCGCUGCCUGUGCAGCCUUCGCCAUUCGCUGAUGACCCAAACUCUUACAGGAUGGGAGAAUUCCUGUCCAAAUAUCAGCUGGACAGCAAGCCAGUGACGCUUCUACCCCGCGGCCUCACGAACCGCUCUAACUAUUGCUACGUCAACUCGAUCCUACAAGCGUUGAUCGCGUGUCCUCCCUUCUACAACAUGCUGAAGGCACUGCCCUACCAAACCCGACGUGGCAAGUCUAGCACGCCCGUCAUUGACUCCAUGGUGGAGCUGUGCUACGAGUUCAGCCCGCUGGCGCUGGGGCGCGGCGCGCGCGGGGUAGGCGGGGCGGGCGGGGCGGGGCGCGGCGAGGCGGGCGCGCCGCAGGUGCCGGCGGGGCCGCCGCUGGACGGCGCGGCGGGGCUGCGCGUGCUGCGCGCGCUCAGGCCCUUCCCCGGCUCGCAGGAGGGCCGCCAGGAGGAUGCCGAGGAGUUCCUGGGGUGCCUGCUCAACUCGCUCAACGAUGAGAUGCUCGAGCUGAUGAAACUGGUGGAACCGGAGGAGCCUAAGGAGGCGAUUGCUCCAGUGAAUGGAAUCAUCACACAGGAGCAACCUCCCGAGGAGGACGAUGAUGAUGACGAAUGGAAGGUGAUGGGUCCGCGCAACAAGGGCUGCGUGGAGCGGCGCUGGGCGGCGCGGCGCACGCCGGUGGCGGACAUCUUCCGCGGCCGCACGCGGCUGCGCCUGCACCGCGCACCGCAGCACGCCGUCACCGACGCCGUGCAGCCCUUCUUUACGCUGCAGCUCGAUAUCGAGCGCGCAUCGAGCGUAAAGGAUGCCCUUGAACUCCUAGCGGGCAAGGACACACUAGAAGGAGUCUCGGACGCAUGGCAACAGUUGUCCUUGGAACAACUGCCUGUGGUCCUGUUGCUGCAUCUAAAGUGCUUCCAGUUAGACUCCGAGGGCCACACCGCCAAGAUUGUCAAGAAUAUUGACUUCCCUGUUGAUCUGAAGAUUGAUCAGAAGAUCAUGUCUUCAAAGAUCAAGUAUUCGGGCAAGCAGCGUCUGUACAAGCUGUUCGCGGUGGUGUACCAUGAAGGAGUGGAGGCGGUGAAAGGGCAUUACGUUACCGACACCUUCCACGGGCAAGCGGGCUGGAUCAGAUACGACGACUCGACAGUGACGCCGGUGUCGGACGGCGCGGUGCUGAAGCCGAAGCCGCCGCGCAUGCCGUACCUGCUCAUGUACCGGCGCCACGACACGCUGCCCCCCCCCCCCCCACCCGCACCCGCACCCCCAUCCCCACCCGCACCGCGCGCCCGGCAAGCCCGAGUGAGCCGCCCGUCUACAGUGAACCACCCGUCUACAGUGAACCACCCGUCUACAGUGAACUGCCCGGACAGUGAUUUGUUUAUAAGUGUUGUAAAUACUGUGAAAGACUCGAAUCGUGCCUGUCGAACGCUCCCUAAGGUGCAACGAAGUUGUCUCGUGUACGUAAUGUAAGUAUAACUUUUAUGUUUACGAGCCGCCCCCGGGGGCUAUGUAAAAAGAGUGGCCGGCGGUUAGCACUCUGCACGUUUUGGUUUUUUAAUGGAAAUAGUCUUGUGUUAGUUUGAGUCGGUGGGCGGUGCUAGCCGCCGGGCUUAGUUUUGUAUGUGUAAUAUUUUGUACAUUAGGCUCUUUUAUUUGAGGCGUAGGAUUACUUUAUGUGUAAAUUCGGAUACUUUUUAGAAUAAAGUACAAAAUGAUAUUUGUUUGCCGCUCGAAAUGGAAGCUGAUUCUUAGCUAUGACUAUAAAUUGAAGAAACUCUUAAUGAUGCAUUCGACCUAAUUUAUUUAUUUUGGUAACUAAUUGAAUCUGCGAAACGAUUGUAUAUAUUGAUUGUGUACGUAUUAAGUAACUAUAGGAGCCGCGUUCUCUCCUGGACAAUAUGGAAUUGUGGUGUUAUAAUUUGAAAAAUAAAAAAAAAAUGUGUAAAAAUCAUAAUUCAUGAUACAUAUUUCUAUAUAAUGGUAGAAUAAUCUUCCUAAUACUCUUCCAUUGGAAAAUGUAAAGGUACUGUCGAGUACAAACAUCUCCGGACAAUUACCAGAGCGCAUUUGAGAAACUAAAGUGAUGUAUUGUAAAAAGGAAGACUGGUAUGUGAAUGGUAGAAUUAUGUAACGUGAAUUGCAGACGUUCGUCCUCUUCGUGGUUGAUAUGGGUUGUAGAAGUGGGUGUCUGGCACUGAGUGCCGGAGGAGGAGUGCUCUUGUAUGUGAUAUGGGAUGCCUGAGAUCGACGACUAAAUGUUUAGCUGUAGUCACUUUAUUGUAUAAAAUUGUUAUAACGAUAUAAGUGUUACAUAUAAAUAAACAGAUAUAUAUUAUCUCGCCGUUGGUAUGUUGUAUGAAAGGAUGCCUGUUUUUAAUAUUAUUCGAUUUCAAAUUGAGGUUUAUAUUACUUAUUUUGACACAUUACAAUAAUAUUCACGUAUCAUUACAUGAUCACAUUAUAUCUAUUGUCGAAGAUCAUUAAAUUAUUAGUAGCAUUUUGCUGAUAUUAAACUUUUUGAUCUCACAUUUGUUGUUGUUGUUUGGGAAAAAAAAUGUAUAUGGAUGUGAACGAAAUUUUUCUUCUCUAGUAAUAUAGGCAAUACAUCAAUGCCUUAUUAUUUGAAAUACAAUAUUUUCUUA